AUGAGCGGCUUGAUCAAUUUACAGCUUGAAGAUCUGAUGCCUGAGCUAAGGCCCGACGCAGAUCAUGAUUUCACAAACUUCAAUGAUCAAAAAUCAGCUGAUGAUCCCUUCCUCGCCGAGCUUUUUGAUACGCCAACUUACGACUUUCUUGAACUUGAUAGACAGGAAAUAACAAAAGAGCCUGAAAAUGAGACAAUGCUUCAGACCGAAAUGGAGGUGGAAAACGAAGUCGAUCUUGAGGUGGAAAAGACUUCCUCCCAAAACCAAGAAUCGAUCAAUUCGGAUAUGAAAUUUUGCUCAUCUCGCCCUGGCAGCUUUCGGGGCAUCCCAAUGACCUACUACGAGCUCAUCGAAACCGCCCUUACCCACUCUGAAAACGGAAAACUAACGCUGAAAGAAAUCUACGACUGGCUAUUCGAAAAUGUCGCCGAAUUCCACGAUGGAAACGCGAAAAAGUGGCAAAACUCAAUUCGUCACAAUCUGAGUCUUCAUCGAUCGCGAUUCAAGAAGGAGCAAAAUCCAGAAGAAGGAAAAAGUUCGCUCUGGUCGCUCAAUAUCGCGAGGUGCUUCUCUACCAAUGACGGGGAUUUCGGAGACAACGAUAGUUAG